CAAUCCAGCGAUAUUUAAUUGCCUUAAUAAGUAGUGAAUCUAUGUUGCAUGGUUUCUGUGAGUGGAAGGAUAAUAGUGAAUAAAGAAAGACACAAUCUUAAGUUGAACAUGAUUGAUUAGUUACAUUCGUUAAUUGGAGCAUUGUGGAACGAAGCAAAAUAUCUUCUAUUUGAAACAUUCAAAACAUGUCAAAAGGAAAUAUUUUUAUAAUGUCUUGUGGGAAUGAAAUGGCAACAGCAUCGCAGAAAGAGCACCCACAAAUGAAAAUAACAACAAUUUAAACAACAUCAUCAAUAACAAUACCGGAAACACCGAAGCCAAUGGUAGUGCCAACAACAAUAGCAGUUGUAGUGCUAGUAAAACAUCCUCGCUACAAGCAACCUGUUCACCGCCGGUGCAAUCGACCGCAGCUGUGAUUACACCACUACUGACCUCCGGACUAUCGGCAAAAAUGGGAGCAUCACUGGCCGAGCGGUUGGUGGCUGCCGUCGGCGUGGGGGCAGCCGUAGAAGCCCUUUCGAUGCCAGCAUCGACUAUGACAACGACGACAACAACAGCGGCGGGUUCGACAAAUACGGUCCCCACGCUCUGCGGUCAGUGCUGCAGUCCCAUCUGCGAUCGAUACUUAAUGAAAGUGGUGGACAUCUCAUACCACGAGCGUUGUUUGCAAUGCACAUCCUGCUCCAUCCGGUUGAUGCAUUCCUGUUUCAUGCGGGAUGGCAAGCUGUACUGUCGGUUCGACUAUGAAAGACUGUACGGGCGCAACAGAUGCCUUGGAUGUGGCGAGAAGAUUAGUGCGGACGAGCUGGUAAUGCGAGCGCUGGAUAAUGUGUUUCAUCUUAAAUGCUUCAUCUGCGUGGUGUGCGGUGUCCGGCUGCAGAAAGGCGAUCAAUACGUUAUCAAACAGAGCCAGCUGUUCUGCAGACCCGACUACGAGAAGGAAGUGGAAAUGUUCCAAGGAUAUAGCUAUGACGAUUAUUGCUGUGAUGAUAUUUUUCAAACGAGAAUCGACGGGCGGCGUGGACCGAAACGGCCUCGGACUAUUCUUACGACGCAACAACGAAGGGCGUUCAAGGCUUCGUUCGAAGUCUCGCCCAAACCAUGCCGAAAAAUUCGAGAAGGUCUGGCUAAAGAUACCGGACUAAGCAUACGGAUAGUGCAGGUGUGGUUCCAAAAUCAACGUGCCAAGAUGAAAAAGAUUCAGAAAAAGCAACUUAAAGAGGGUGGCAAAGGAAGCCAAAAUAACAGCAGCAAGGGGAACGAAUCUCAGGACGAACUAUCCGAAAACGAAAUUAAGUUGUCGCUUAAAAUCAAGGAUGAAAACUCAAGAUCAAACAAUUAUCUUCACGACAGUUGUAGUGACACUGAGGGGGGAAUCAACGAUAAUGAUUCCUUUGGUUCACGAAUCAGCUCCGGCGCUGAGGCAUUCAAGCCCGUCAAGGAGGAGCUCGACAUGGAUGAGGAGUACUUUCGGAUGAUGAACGCUGCCGCUCGCUUUGGAGGGAAAGGUUUCGAAGACCCAUCAACAAUCGUGAAAAGCGAAAAUAUUCCACUCAGCGCGAUGAUGGGCAUGGAGUACCCUUCGCUGCAACAACUGACAACGUCGAUGACCCCACCCCACGCUCAGCUGUUGAACCCGAUCGAUCGGCUGUACUCGAUGCAGAACUCGUACUUUUGUAGCCCAGAUGGCAGUAAUCCGGGUGGUAACGUGGCCGCCGGAAACAAUGCCACCAACGAGCUACCGCCCAACCAUCUGCAUCAUCCGCACCAUCUACUGUCAAGCACUCUUCAUCACCAUCAGGGGCCUCCGGCGAACACCGGAACAGCGACCGGCACCGGAUUGAGUCUGCAGCCACCGCCAGCACACCACGGAAAUCACGGUCAUCCGUUACAUCCCCUUCAACAGCAUGCUCACCAUCAUCAACAUCAGCAGCAGCCGUGAAUCAAUUAGUCCAUUUGCAAAUCGAAACAUGUGAUUUUACAAUGAAAUGAACGCCAAAAUUAGUUUAACAUGCCAAGCAAUGUUGACAGUCGAAAAAAGAUCAAGAAAAAUUUUAGCAUUUUUUUAUCUUUGGAAACGAAUUGAAUUUCAUUUCAUACUAAUCAAUUCAUUGCAAGUCUUCAAAUGGGUGAAUAUUAGAACAGUAAUAGGAAAUAGAUAUGUGCUUAGCUAAUUUCCUGAUAAUGCGUUCUGAAUUGAAGGAUGGAAUCGGAUUGCUCAACCUUCGACGAUGUGAUUGGUAAUUGAGAUUGAUGACUGGUUGAUUGGCCUCUGGGUGCAUAAUGGCAUCACUAUUAGAAUGGUUUGGAUUUGUGAGCAUGCCAUUUGGCGGUCGGCUUUUUAGGUGCGUCUUGUAGGUAUCCAAAGUGUUUUUUUCCUAACGGUUAUGUUAAUAAGUGGCGCGACUAAUAAGGAUUCAUCUGUAAAUACUAACAUUAGAAGUACUUAGGAUUCGUAUGCAGAAUUUAUAUUGUUAUAUUUAUGUAUGCUUGUAUUGUAUUCGUGUAGCUCAAUUAUAACCACCAAUAAAAUAA